UUUAUAUAGGGGUGUAAUUUUUUUAUUUCAUUUUAUUUGUCAUUAGGCGGUAAUCAUGAAGACAUAUGUGCGUAUAAAGAAAAUGUCGAUAACGAAAUAGUUCGGCGGUGGAUUAAUAGCGCAGUUAAAAACUGUCCCCAAUUACCACAGAAAAGAAAACACGGCGAUGUGGAUGAUGCGAGCAUUGGCGAGAUAACGGAGUUUGUCAUGGAUAUUCUCGAGGAGGUUGAAGAGUCUAAAAAAGGGGAGAAACAAGAUAUUUUAAAGUUAGCAUUAAAGGGAAAUGAGCAGAUAAUACAAUUCUGUAAAGGAAUUAAGAUGAAAGAAAAAGAUUCGCAAAUUCGCAAAUUUAUUCAGUUUGCAAAUUUAAUGUUUGACAUUGACUUAAAGGUGAGGAAUAAGAAAAUACUCAAAAUAGAAAAAUAAGUGAGUACUCAAAUAAAGGCUAAACUU